AUGUAUUCAAUAAUUGAGUCAUUCUCAGAAAAGGUCUAUGUCCCUAGUGAUCAAAUGAGAUAUUUUUUAUCAUUUUUUAUAGAAUUACCAUUAUGUUAUAUUUUACGAUAUUUACCCUCUAACCCAAGAUUAAAACAUUUUGUUUAUAGUAUAAUUGGUGUUAUAAUAUUAUUAUUUGUAUUUGGUAUUAAUUCAAUGAUCAUUAUAAUACCAGGAUUAAUAACAUAUUAUGCUAUGAAAUGGAAAAAGUCAUUACAUGCAGCAUUCUUUAUAUUUUCUCUGAACCUAAUGUUUUUAACUUUAUUGCAAAUACACAAAUACAUUAACUAUUAUCUUCAAUGGUAUUUAGAUAUUACUACUUUACAAAUGAUUGUUGUAAUAAAACUUGGUAACUUUGCAUUUAAUGUAGCAAAAGGAAGUAAUACUAAUACUAUAAAACAAACAGAUUAUAAUAAGAUGAACAAUAUUCCAAACGAUCAAUUUCCUUCAUUACUUGAGUUUAUUGGAUAUUUUUAUUUCUUUCCAUCUAUCUUCAGUGGGCCUUGCAUUGAAUAUCAAACAUACAAAAAAUUUGUUACAUUAGAGUUAUUUGAAUCAUAUCCAAACAAUCAUUUAAAAAACAAAAUUCCUCCAAUUGAUUGGAAACAGUUUUUUAUUGUUUUUAGUCAAGGAAUUAUUUUAUUAUUAUUAACAUCUAUUGUAAUAAUAGUUCCAUUAAAAGUUUAUUUCUAUGAAAUAGUUAUUAAUAAUCCAAAUGAUUAUUCUUUUAUUCAAAAAAUGGGUAUGGUAAUGAUUUUUAUUUAUUCAAUUGUAUUUAGAUAUUUUGCAACAUGGAAAAUGGCAGAAUGUAUGGGUAUUUUAUUUGGAUUUGGUUAUUCAGGAGUAAAAGAAAAUAAACCUACGUGGUAUGGAUUUAGAAAUGUUAAAUUAAAUGAUUUCUUCUUUUCUAAUUCAGCUAAAUUAGUUAUUGAUUCUUGGAAUAUUUAUAUUCAAACAUUUAUGAAAAAUCAUAUCUAUGAAUCAUUUGAGUUAUUUGGAGGAAUAUUAAAUGAAUAUAAACAAUCAUUAACUAAUUUAGUCAGUGCAUUUUGGCAUGGUAUUUAUCCUGGUUAUUAUCUUUCAUUUGGAAUGUUAGCAUUACAUCAUGAUGUGUCUUGUGGAUUUCAUUCUAGAAUUGAACCAAUAAUAAUAAAGAAAUAUGGAAAAGAUUCAUUAAUAUAUUAUAGUUAUUUGGUAUUAACAUUUAUUUAUGCACGUAUAUCUAUUUCAUAUUCUUUUAUUCCAUUUGUGAUUUAUACAUUUAGUGAUUCAUGGAAAUUCUUUGUUAAUACAUAUUUUUGUAUUGAUAUCAUUGGAUUAUUACUCCUUAUUAUUUUAUACAUUUGGUUCCCUAAACAACAAAAAAGAGAUAGAAUUGAUUGA